UGAAGGUGAAGAAUUUAUCAGCACAGAAUGCGAAGCUUCUCUUUUCCAUCAUUAUUAUUACUCUCUUCAAACUGCUGCUCCAAUGUCCUCUCCUUGACCUCCUCUGUUUCUACUCAGACUUCACAAACAACUUCACUUGAAACACAAAACCAAGCAGAGAAAAUGGAUGAGUUUGGUCUUCAAGAGCCACACUCUUUAGGAAGCUUCCAAGAACACAACCCUGAUACAAUCCCAGAUCUCUUUGCCUCAGAAUCUGACCACAUGCCCUCACACAAUUCCUUAUGCUGCUCAAAAGACUCAGAUUUCUACUAUGCAUUUCGCCUCGAAACCAUUUCUCUGUUUUUACAGGCACAAUAUUCUUGCAACCUUGACCCUUUCAUACCAUACCUUGCCAUUAACUACCUGGAUCGGUUCUUAUCCAAGCGAGAUAUUCCGCAAGGAAAGCCUUGGGUCUCAAGACUCCUUGAACUCUCCUGUCUAUCUCUAGCUGCAAAGAUGAAGAACACACCCUUCUCCGCCACUGAUUUUCAGAGAGGGGAAGGCUUCAUCUUUGAUGCGCAGACAAUUCAUAAAAUGGAGCUUCUCAUUCUUGACACUCUAGAUUGGCGGAUGAGAUCGAUAACACCCUUUUCUUUUCUGCCUUUCUUUCUCUCUUUUCUGGACUUAAAUGACCAAACACUUACAAAGGCUCUCAAAAGUCGAGCUUCGGAUGUCAUCUUCAAUGCCCAUAAUGAAAUCAAGAUUGUUGAGUUUAAACCAUCGAUAAUUGCAGCAUCAGCGGCCCUAUCUGCAUGUCAAGAGCUGCUCCCACUGCAGUUUCCAUCUUUUAAAGCUUCAAUAUCAUCUUUCCAAUAUGUAAAUAAAGAGAGUUUGUUCAAAUGCUUGACUUUGGUGCAAGAAAUGAUGGUGAAUGAAGGGUACGAGUCCAUGUUAGAUACUUUGUCAUGCACAACAAGAACCACAAUGAGUAGCCAGAACACAUAUACUUCUUCUACUAUUAUAGCAGAGAAGAGAGACAGCAAGCGGCGCAGAUUGAAUGGUACUAUGUGCAGUGCAAAUAGGUUCCGGCUCUCCCAUCAUUUUCGAAAGUGUUGAUUUGUUUUAGUGUUUAACUGUCUAUGCCUCACAAUUGUUGUUGUUCUCCUCCUCACUACCAGAUAAGCAAUGUCCCAUUUUUCUGCCCAAAAAACAAAGAAUGAAUAUUGGAGAGAGAGAGAGAGAGAAUUUAUUUUGGUUUAUGGGGUUUUGAAGUUGGGCAAGAGAAGGACAGAAUGGGGUUUUGAAUGGUGUGUGAGUUGCUCUUGCCCUGUUUGGGUUCUUGGGUGGAGUUGGGACUUGG